ACAAUACUUUCAGUAGACGUGCAUCUGCCAAGCUGAUAUGUGGUGUAUUAGUAAGCUUCUCUCAAGCGGAUCUAUCUUGCUGAUUUUCUUAUCAUUGUUCAGCCCUGGCAGCAGUUCGAGCCGCAACAGCCGCAAUCGAUUGAUUUCCUAUGCCCAACACAAUAUAGCUACCAUCAGCUCCAAUGCCGUAGCUCAGGCAAACGAGAUAGUGGAGCACAUGCUAGAGGAUCUUCGUGUUCUUAACUCACACAACACCUUCGUUCUUGGCUAUCAGCAAAGGCUCAUUGAAUUCAAUGCACAGGCCAAAUACUCAAAUCGCAUCGGCAAUGAAACGGACUCCACUCUGAAUGCUUUCUAUGACAUUGUUGGGGUCUACUUGAAUGCGGAUGUGCCUGAGAAACCCAUCGAGGUACUGCUAAUUGAGUUCUGUUUCCAGCGCAAUGGCUUAGAUCGUUGGAAGCGCACUGUCCACAUGCGUAUUGGACAGUUGCUGAAAAUUAUUGGCGACAAGCUGGAACUCUUCAUGGACACAUUAGACAGUAAGGAGGUGCGUGAGGUUAUCAAGCAGCGAUGGCAAAGCGUUAAGGCACGCGGCGGGCAACGUAAAUUGAACAGGCUGCAUGAGUUUCUGGAAUGGUUUCACGGACUCGAAUUGGAAAAUUAAAGAACACGUGAGAUGAAAUAUACAGUCCCAAAAAGAGCAAUACUUAUCUAAAGAAAAUAAACAUACAAGUUGUUUUUAUUUUAAUUAACUUGUUAAAGAAGUA